AUUGCAGUGACUGACUGCCCAAUGGCAGCCCCGAGUCUCAGGAGAGUUACAGAGAGAGGGAGAGAGAGAGAGAGAGAGAGGCACUUUCUGCCAUCCAAAUCCCUUAAACCAUCCUCAUUCCAACACGAGAACCCACUGUAACAACUUCCAACCACUGAGACAUGACAGGCAGGAGCCCAGAGGCAGCAGCAGCAGCGAGAGCAGCAGCAGCAGCACAUACUCUGCACAGGGAGCAGCAUUAGCACCAGGGGAAUACUAGACACAACAAUACAAACAAACAAACAAACAAACAGACAAAGCCCCCCCAAGCCCAAGGGACUGGAUUCCAACUCAGAUUCAAGCCACAGCUGACACCAAAAAGGGUGGGGAAUUACGACCGGGGGGGGCCAGAAAGGAAUAACCAAGGAAGCGAACUCCAAGAGUGUAAACGGGAUUCAGCCAUGAUCCUUUUUUCAUCUCGCAGUGUGUUACUCUCAGUGUAUUACCCUCAGAUUUUCCUCAUCCUUACCAGUGGGAGUUACCUAGCUUUGUCAUCCGUGGUGGCUUUAGGAGCUAAUAUCAUCUGCAACAAAAUCCCAGGCCUGGCCCCGCGGCAGCGAGCGAUCUGCCAGAGCCGCCCUGAUGCCAUCAUUGUGAUCGGGGAAGGGGCACAAAUGGGAAUCAAUGAGUGCCAGUACCAGUUUCGGUAUGGGAGGUGGAACUGCUCUGCGCUGGGAGAGAAAACAGUCUUUGGACAAGAGCUUCGAGUAGGAAGCAGGGAAGCUGCGUUCACCUAUGCCAUUACUGCUGCCGGGGUUGCGCACGCUGUCACGGCCGCCUGCAGCCAGGGCAACCUCAGCAAUUGUGGCUGUGACCGAGAGAAACAGGGCUACUACAACCAGGAGGAGGGCUGGAAGUGGGGAGGCUGCUCUGCGGAUAUCAGAUACGGCAUUGAGUUCUCCCGGAGGUUUGUUGAUGCCCGAGAAAUCAAAAAGAAUGCACGGAGGCUGAUGAACUUGCACAACAAUGAGGCUGGAAGAAAGGUUCUCGAAGAGAGAAUGAAAUUGGAGUGCAAGUGUCACGGAGUUUCAGGUUCCUGUACGACUAAGACCUGCUGGACCACGCUUCCUAAAUUCAGAGAGAUUGGAUAUAUUUUGAAAGAGAAAUACAAUGCUGCAGUGCAAGUGGAGGUGGUACGAGCCAGUAGACUAAGACAGCCGACCUUCCUGAAGAUCAAGCAGAUUAAGAGUUACCAGAAACCCAUGGAAACGGAUUUAGUGUACAUUGAAAAGUCACCCAACUACUGUGAGGAAGAUGCUUCCACAGGGAGCGUCGGUACCCAGGGACGACUCUGCAACCGUACCUCUCCCAAUGCGGAUGGGUGUGACAUGAUGUGCUGUGGAAGAGGGUACAACACGCACCAGUACACCAAGGUGUGGCAGUGUAAUUGCAAAUUCCACUGGUGCUGCUUUGUGAAGUGCAACACGUGUAGCGAGCGGACAGAGGUGUUCACCUGCAAAUAAUGGCAUCACGCGCAAAUGAACAGAACAAAUCACCACGAGUGAAGAAAGUGGAGUACAACAAACGACGACAGCAUCAUUUUGCACAUCUAAACUUCUUUGGGAAAAAAAAAAAACAACCAACCAACACCACAACAACCACUCCCUCCCCACUACUUACACUUCUAAGGAUGGUGCAUUUUGGCUGGCUGGCUGUUGUAACUGCUUUGGAAACAAGGGCAACAGGAUUAAGGUGAUGUUGACAACCACAUGAAACUUUCUCUCUCUCUCUCUCUCUUUUUUUUUUAAACUACAGCCUGGGUGUUGUAGAGUUCUCCUAGUAAGUGUUUUAAGUUAUACAUAUCAGAGAAGCUGACUGCCUUGCAGCUCCCAUGGAAUUUAAAAGAAAAAGACACUUUCUUCUAUUUUACAACAACAAAACCACCGAGCCCUGUGCAAAUAAAGACUUUUUUUAAGGAAAUGAAAUCUUCACUGACUAGAACACAGCAGUCUUGCUGCAAAAACCUAAAUUUCUAAGAAAGCAGGUAGCGAGAAAACAACUGGUAGGGAGACAAAAAUCUAUGGCGGAAAUACUCCACUAUCAGUUUGCAAAAAAAUAACGUUCACAAAAUUACAUCAGCUGCCAGUGACACUGGAACUCUUUGAAUGAACAUUAAAAAUAAUUAUUUAUGUUUUUAAUAGUAUCAAAAAAUUCUAAGCACUAACGGGUAGCUAUGUCUUAAUUCUGUACUAAAUGUAAACUUAUUGGAACUCUGACUUUAUGAUUUUUGUAUUUGGUUCUCCCUAAGUUCUUCAAUGCUACUGAUCUGUUGUCACUCCACUAUUAGAGAGUUCAAUUACUGUAGGCCUUAAGCAAUUACCAGAACUGAGCAAAAAGAUCAUGCAAAACUGUGGUUACAAAUGCUUGAUAAAGAAUUUUCUUGCUUGCCUCCUGAAUAAGAAUGACUCUUUUUAGACUCAGGCUCGAGGCGUGGAGCACCUGCUCUCCAGCUCCUCGUAGGGAGACAUGCUUCGACAAAUAUCAAAGGUUUUGCUUGGCCGUCAAAGGCACUGGCUGGAUCUUCCAAGUAUUGCAUUUUGCCUUUAACUAUUGAAAGUUAAUAUUACCGAUAGUUUUAAAUAACUUAUGCCCAGUAUGAACUGAGAAGUUAAUAAAAAUAUGGUAGCUGAGCUCUAGGUUGCUGCAACCUGUGAGCUGUGGUGGCUUCACGAGCAUAAGAAAGCUAUAAUUUGGGUUAGUCUGUGUCGUCAUUAUUCUAAGGUUGGCAAUAGCAUACUCCCUCGUAAAUACAUGAAUGUUAAGAAAGAAGCUGACUUUUUACACCAGCACUCAAUUCUAAUUCACACACCUUUUCCCUGCGAGAGAUU